UCAAUAAGUGUGUAGCGCUCUGUUUUUCUAAGCGGAAACUUUUCAGACCCACCUACUCUUACGUCAGACGCACUUUCCCUAAGAAAUGCCGAAAAACUCAACUGUGUCAAUGUUUGCAAAGCUGAAUUGGAAGUCAGACAGUCCCUUAACUACUAUUUAUGAAAAACAGAACAGUUAAAAAUGGAACUCAGAGCUGUGAAAAUGUUUCGGAUUGCUAUUGUCUUUUCGGUACUCUGCAUUAUCUCAGUUAGUGGAGAUUACUUCUCGGCAAUUAGUGAACUCGAGAAACUGCUGGACGUGGAGACCUUGAUGAUAGAAAAAUUCGAAGCAUACCUUCAAAGGGCUCAGGAGGAACAGGAUAAUAUCAGGAGAUUUUUGGACCACAUAGACGAGGUGCAACAUGAUCGUGGGGAUCUCGAGGAUUUCUUCGGCAAUCCCCUUAAUUCUUUCAUAACCAUAAGGCGCCUCGUCCACGACUGGAAGUUCAAUGUUUUUGAUCCCGUCUUCGAAACUAGUAAUUUUGAAACCUACAAGAGCUCACUUAGCGAGUCUCUGGUGAAGAUCAAGGGAUACAAGGGGCCCAGCCAAGAGGAUCUGCAAGGUGCCAUUCGCGCCCUUCUGCGGCUGCAGAAGACCUACCAACUGCCCACGGAUCAGUUGGCCAAGGGAGUUCUUCCCAUGGAGGAAAAUCAGCUGAAUAUCUCUUUGAGUGCCAGUGACUGCUUUGAGGUGGGUAAGGAUCUCUGCCAGAUCAAGGAGUACUCCUAUGCCUCCGAAUGGCUUCUGGAGGCCACGAAAAAAAAGCAUGGGAAACCCGAGGGUUUAAUCUCGCCUAAUGUGACUGAAGUCGAGAUUUUGGAGCACCUGUCACCUGCCUUUAAUGGCUUGGGCAACCUUAAGCUGGCACACAAACUCAACAACGAAAUACUGGACUGGGAGCCCGAUCAUGAAGAGGCUCUGAAUAACCAGAUAUUGUUUGAAAGUCAAUUGGCAAAAGAACGAGUACUUGCCAGAAAGCAAGAGGAUUUGAACCAGUUGUCGGAAAAGGAAAAAAAGGAAAGCUUCCAGCUUUAUCAACGCGUUUGCCGAGGAGAGCUCCGUCAGUCUCCUCGAGAGCUGAGGAGCCUCAAGUGCUGGCUAAGCCACCAGGGAUCCCCUUACCAUGUUAUUUCACCUUUUAAAAUGGAACAACUAAAGCUGGAUCCCUAUGUGGCCUUUGUUCAUGAAAUGCUGUCAGAGAGUGAGACGCAAAUGUUCAAGGACCUUGGCAAGGGCCGCAUGGAGCGAUCCAAAAUAGGUCAGGGCAAGAGCUCCACCACAACCGACAUCCGAACGAGCCAAACCCACUGGCUGUGGCCUGCACAGAACCAGGGGCUUGCCAAGAUCAUGAAGCGACUGGAGGACUUCACCGGCUUGAGUUCAGAAAGUGCAGAGCCCUUCCAGCUGAUCAACUACGGACUCGGUGGACAAUAUGAGCCCCAUUACGACUUUAUGAACGACGAUGGCUAUGGUGUCUAUGGUUGGAAGGGUAAUCGCCUCUUUACCUCCAUAUUCUAUCUGAAUGAUGUUGCUCUGGGAGGUGGCACGGCUUUCCCCUUCCUCAAACUGGUGGUUCCCCCUGUGAAGGGCAGUCUCCUGAUCUGGUACAAUCUGCAUAGAUCCACUUACAAGGACUACCGAGCAAAGCACGCGGGUUGUCCCGUUCUCAAGGGAUCCAAGUGGAUCUGUAUUGAACAGUUCCAUGUGGGUGGUCAGGAAUUCAAGAGACCCUGUGGACUCGAAAGCGAUGAGGGAAAGUUCAUCGACUUGAUUGACAAAUAAGGCCCACAAAUAAUAAAGCAAUCAUAAUAUAAUAAUUUCAAAAUAAACACCUUUUAUAAUACAUGCCUCCAUGAAGAGGUAAACACUUUUA